AUGGCGUUAGUCAUGCCACUUGUGUCGGUAGCGAUUUCAAUACUUUAUACGCCGUUUCUUCUCCUUAUUCUGUGCGUGAUAUUCCUUGCUUCUAUCGGAAAAUCCCUUGGAGUCCGAAGACUAUAUGUUAAUAUCCUACUCAAGCUUUUUGAGUAUGGCAGACAACACAUCGAGGUGGCUAAGAAGCUGCAGAGGAACGACAGCUCUGAUGAGGAGGAGGAACCUCCGGCCAUCCCUGAUGACAAACCUCCCUCGGCCAUCAUCAAGGAGAAUGGGUCGCUCAAUGGCACGAAGAUGACAGUGAUAGAGAGAGAGGAGAUACUCGGCCCGUCGCCAGAGUUGAACUACAAACGCAGCUCAAGCCAGGAGCGGACUCAGAACCACGAGAAUAGCCAUCAUACGAGCCUAGAGUUCCACUUCAACCACUGCCUGGACUUGGUGAAGGCUGGGAUGGAGUCCAUCAUCGAGGACCAGGUCACCUCCGUCUUCGAGGCCGAGGAGUUGCGCAGCUGGAACCUGCUUACCAGGACCAAUAGACAAUACGAGUUCCUGACAUGGCGUCUCACCAUCAUAUGGAUGAUGGGUUUCAUCGUGCGAUAUUUCUUCCUGCUGCCGCUCCGGAUAUGCAUAUUCUUUGUUGGGGCGAUUACACUGAUCGUGAGCACUGCGGUCGUGGGAAUGUUACCCCCGUGCAAAUUAAGAAGAUAUCUUGGCCAAUUCUGCUAUAGAACCUCUUUUAGGACGAUGACAAGAGGGUUGUCUUGUGUCAUAAACUACCACGACACUCAAUACAUGCCUAAGGCCAGCGGAGUGUGUGCUGCCAACCACACAAGCGUAAUCGACGUCGGGAUCCUUAGCUGCAACGCCACUUAUUCUUUGGUGUGGUGGUUGCUCAUCUGCACGGCCUGCGUGGGCACCCUACCUGAUGGGGUGACGAAGCAACGUGUCAACUACGCUGUGUCUAUCAUGUGCUUCAACUUUCUAAGUCGCUGCUUGUCUAUGGUCAUCACAUAUCACGACACACAUAACAAGCCGAAAAACGGGAUAUGCGUCGCAAACCACACGAGCCCCAUCGACGCGCUGGUGCUUAUGUGCGACAACUGCUAUUCACUGAUCGGUCAAAGACAUAACGGGUUUCUGGGCUUGCUGCAGCGCGCUUUGUCCAGGGCGUCGCCGCAUAUCUGGUUCGAACGGUCUGAAGUCAAGGAUAGACAUAUUGUCGCUCAGAGGCUAAAAGAACAUAUCUCGGUCCCUGACAACCCACCGAUCCUGAUCUUCCCGGAAGGCACUUGCAUCAACAACACGUCAGUCAUGCAGUUCAAGAAGGGCAGCUUCGAGGUCGGCGGCACCAUCUACCCCGUCGCCAUCAAAUACGAUCCGCGUUUCGGCGACGCAUUCUGGAACAGCGCUCGGUACGGUAUGCUGCACUACUUACUGAACAUGAUGUCUUCGUGGGCGAUCGUUUGCGACGUGUGGUACCUGCCGGCCAUGCGGCGCGAGCACGGCGAGUCCGCCGUCGACUUCGCUAACAGGGUCAAGGCUAUAAUCGCGCGCCGCGGGGGCUUAGUUGACCUCAUGUGGGACGGUCAACUAAAACGAAUGAAGGCAAAGAAAGAGUGGAGGGAGUUACAACAAGAGGAGUUCAGCAAGAGAUUAAAAGGAGAAUAAGUAGCAGCUACCGGUAGCUGUGACAAAUACUAGCUACGUGUAGCUGUUACACAUACUAGCUGCAAGUAGCUGUGACUGGAGUGAUCAAGUGUUGUGAUGUUAUAGACAUUUUGAAAUUUUGGAGCGGCGUGGGAUAGUGGGAAUGAUUAACCCAAUGUUGGGCUGCCCUAGUGGGAAUCAUGUGUUUGGUAUAAGUUUUGUUUGGGAGGAAUGUAGGAUUAGCCCACUGCUGGGCAUAAGUUGGGACUAGCAAUAGAAUCUAAACCCCAUUUUCUGCUAAAGAAUUCCGACGGUCUAAGGGUGGUAUUAAUAAACUAACCUCAGCUUCGAGCCUGCCCUCAAGAUCAUGUCGAUGUGACAGUUCUUAUAUAAAAACAGGGACUUGAGCAUGGUCUUGAGGGCAGUCUCAGCUGAGAUUAGUUUAUUAACACCACCCUAAACCCCAUUUUCUGCUAAAGAAUUCCGACGGUCUAACGCCACAUCGAAGAAAUUCAUCAAAAAAGCAAUCUUGACAUUUACGCUUGUAGAAGUAACCAUGGUAUAAGAAGACCAGGAAUGCUCAAAAGUGACCCUAGUGGGUCCAUACCGAUAAAUGCUGAAUGAGGGAAAUCGUCGGCCACGCCGGCGGGGUCGGUAUCGGGGUUCUGAAGUGUUUGGUGUCGCGAGCUGAUUAGCCGCCUAGACUAGACUAGAGUAAUCGGACUAUGGCUAGAGUAAUCGGGUCGUCGGGAUCGCCGAUCUUCGGACGCCGAUACUUUUCAGUACCGUCCCUAAGCGGGAUGUAUUCGGAAGCCAGGUAUGCUCAAAAGUGACAGCUAUCAUUUCAAGGUUAGCCCAGCUGACGUCAUCCCACCAUGCGUUGCCAUUUCGUAAAAAAUAAAUUACCCACGACCAAUGUUUUUAUAUUUUCUUUGCAAUGAAAUUUUGAACUUUUGGUAAAAGAUUAACUUACAGUUUUAAUGAUUUUUUUAUAUAUGUGACAAGUAAUAGUAAUUACAUUAGUCAGUAAUUCACUUAAUUUUCAAUAAUAUAAUUUACGUCCUUGGAAUGUUGGAGAUACCAAUUUAAUGGUAACACUUACGUCAUCAAUGGGCUAGCAAUGGCGGCUUGUCAUAGGAUUGAGCAUACCUGGUCUUCCUAUACCAUGGAAGUAACUGCAACAUAUUUAGUACUAAAUUACUGCUAAUUUAGCCAAUCCCACAGUCCACUGCUGGGAAACAGUCAGAAGUUAUUAAACGUAAAAAAAUCGUUUAAAAAUGUGAUAGAAUCAUGUGCCUGUCUUUAAAAAUGUAAUUCCAAGGGUAUAGGCCCACCGUUGGGCUUUAAGGUUCCCACUAAGCCCACGGCUGGUAACGAUAAGUAAGUUACAGAAUGUUGAAAGGAAGCAAUAUGUAUAUUUUUCUAUUGCAUAUUCGAUGGAUUUUAAGAGUGAUGUUCAAAAUGUUGGCAUUUUUUUUUUCGUUUUUUUUUCGGUCGGUUAACACAGAAUGUUUUUUUUUUAAUAAUAAUUAUUAUAAAAUGAGAGGUGUAUGUAUGUAUGGUAUACAGAGUGUUAGUGACAUCGUAACGAAAAGUUUUGAGGCAUCAUUCAAACCAUGAAUCAGAGUUGGAUAUCAAGUGGAAUUUUAGUGUUACUUUAAUUAUUUUCAGUUCCAUACUUUUACCACGGAGAAUUCAACUUGAUAUCAAUUCUGAAUCAUGGUCUGAAUCUUCCCUCAGAGUUUUCGGUAUGAUGUCGCUAACACCUUAGUGAGUUAACUCGUUUUAGGGAAUAAAAUCACUUCAAAGUCACAUGUCAAAGUGAUUUGACUCAUUUUAAUGAGUUGAUCAUUAAAAUUAGUCAACUCACUAAAGUGAUUUAAUUCCUCCUUUCCUUUUCUCCAUUCCUUAAGUUAACUCGUUUUAGGGAAUUAAAUCACUUCAAAGUCACACGUCAAAGUGAUUUGAUUCAUUUUAAUGAGUUGAUCAUUAAAAUGAGUCAACUCACUAAAGUGAUUUAAUUCCUCCUUUCCUUUUCUCCAUUCCUUUCUCUUUCAGUGGAUAAGAAAAUGACAGGUAUAACUUAAAAUAAAAUUAGAUGGCGUCUGCAGGAAUUAGCACCGUCAUAACAUUAUGAUUUUGCAGUUAAACGCCGCGCAAAGGGUUGUAAUGUAAAAUAUAACCAAAACAAUUUAUUUAUUUAUAUAGACAUUUGCAACAUUACAGUAUAAACCAUUGCGUUACAAACAAGAUUCGUAUGGGCCUAAAACAAAUUUACAAUAUUAUAAUGAUAAAUUGAACAAUAAUAAAGGAAGGAUACACAAAAUAAUAACAAAACAAUUCAAUUAAUAAUAAUGAGACAAUACAUAUCAAUAAAAUAAUAAUUAUUUAACUUAUGCUACUGACAGGCAUCAAUUUUUCAAAUGCUUUUGCACAUUCACUCAACAAACAUCCAAUCGCACUCUCAAACAAGUCGCAAUGUGGUGCGGACGCGAGAACGAGAUUGAGAAGUUUGAACGAGAUUGACAAUGUGUUUGUUUACUCAAAUAGUAUGGGGAACUGUCAAAAUUUAAGAACACUCAACAGUAGCGACACCUGGGGGGUUCAGAUGGCCACAUCUGUUUUGACAGUUGAUUUCAUUGCGCACUUACUUUUAUAUGCGCAAAUGUCAAAUUGCAAUAUUGCUUUCUCAGAUGAAUUGCUUCGAUGUGGCCAUUUUAACCCCCCUGAUGGGAGAAGUAGACAGUUUUUAUCCACAUUGUACAUCAUUUUAGAGGACACAGAUCCACUAUCGUCAUGUACGGUCACGAGCAUUAAUAUGUAUACACUUUGGUACCAUGUCACAUUAACUUUUUUGACAAAUUGAAUUGUAAGUCUCACUAAAUGUCAAAUAUGUUAGUGCGACAGAGUCCUAAAGUGGGUACAUUAUAUUGCUCAUGACUGUACUGCAAGGCAAGCAGCUGAACGAAUUCUAUGUUCCUAUUCACUCCCAUUCCUUUUAACAAUUCCAGUAACAAGGCCACGUUUGCCCAAAAAAUACAGAUUGCGCUGUACAAAUUUGGCUUCGUUUGACCAUGGUAUAAGAAAACCAUCUAUUCCUUUUUUCGGAAAGUUUCGUUUAUUUUAUUUAUUUGUACACAAUACACAGAAAGAUACACACAAAGAAAUCAAUCAAUCAUUUAUUUGCAAGAACACAAAGUUAAAGAUCUUAUUCUAAGUCUUCUUCUUCUAUCGUGUGGGUUGUGAGGUGGAUUACCAACCGCAUCAACCCUGGUGUCAGGGUUAUUAUUGAGCCGCCAUAGGCCCCUGACAUGACUCAUGUGACGACUACGUACUUACAUCAGUAAGUAGUAACCGGGACCAACGGCUUAACGUGCCUUCUGAAGCACGGAUCAUCUUACUUUCAGACAAUCAGGUGAUCAGCCUGUAAUGUCCUAACCAAAGUAGGGAUCACAAAGUGAUUUUUGUGAUUUGUCCCCACCGGGAUUCGAACCCGGGACCUCCGGAUCGUGAGCACAACGCUCAACCACUGGACCACGGAAGCCGUUAUUCUAAGUAAAACAGUGCAUGUAUUCAACCUGCAAGCAGGUGUGCAAAUAUUUAUACAUAUAUACUUAAUUAUAUUAUAUUAUUAGACCUAUUCCUAUAGUUAAAGAAUUCGUUGACACUAUAAAAACACAUAUGUAAUAACCAUUUCGUUAAAUCAUGCUUAAAUUCUAUCAUAUUUAAUUCCUUUAAACAGUACAGGUAAACUUAUCUCUGAAAAAGAGAUUUCUUCCAGCUGACCUACGUGAUAAGGAGACAUGCAGAUAGACAUACCUACAUACGCGCAUACCUACAUAUUCGUUCCACCUAAAAGGUGACCUUGUUGCUGAAAAGCAAUUUCUUCCAGUCAUUCCCCUUUACGGACGGAUUCUGUGUUGACCGAUCAAUGUUAUUUUAGAAGUUGUAAUAUAUUGUGUAGAUUAUUGAUUAUUUAAAAUUGAUACUAUAUCGUAUAAUGUAAGAUGAGCAAGCUAACUGCUCGCUAUGAUGGCCGUUUCUCAUCAAGUCCAGUAACUAAGAAGACCAGGUAUGCUCAAAAGUGACAGCUAUCAUUUCAAGGUUAGCCCAGCUGCCGUCAUCCCGCCCUGCGUUGCCAUUUCGUAAAAAAUAAAUUACCCACGACCAAUGUUUUUAAUUACUUUGCAAGGCAAUUUUAAACUUUUAGUAAAAGAUUUGCUUACAGUUUUAAUGAUUUUUAUAUAUGUGACAAGUAAUAGUCAUUAAAUACAUUAGUCAGUAAUUCACUUAAUUUUCAUUAAUAAUAUUUACGUCCUUGGAAGGUUGGAGAUACCAAUUUAAUAGUAACACUUACGUCAUCAAAGGGCUAGCAAUGGCGGCUUGUCAUAGGAUUCAGCAUACCUGGUUUUUUUUUAUACCAUGGUAUUAAAUAACAUAACGCAAGCUCACAACUAUAUCUCAAUUGGGGUAGUCAGAAGUAAAUACAUUCACGCCCGUAAUCCCUAAUGGGGUGGGCAAUGCCACAAGUAAUCAAACACAACUUAACUAUGGAUGCGAUAGAUGUACUUCUGACUUUUCUAGUCAGAAGUACAUCCAUCGCAAGAUGAACUAAGUACCCACGCCUCACCGAGCUUUUCACAACACAUUUAUAAUGGGAAAUUUUCGUUUUGAACAGGGUAACAGAAUAGGGAAUAUACUACGUAUAGAACGGUAACUCUCCGCUCCCCACCAGCGGCUGAGCUAGGUUUACCUCACCCCCUCGGUCUUUUAGACUCCACACCCCGGACACUUCAUACAAACAACCUCGUUUUACACAGACACUACACAUUGACGUUAUCGUACACGCGCAUCUGUGUGUGUGACGUCUGAUGCCAUACGAUUGAAGACUAAAGUAAGACCGAGGGGGUGAGGUAAACCAAGCUCAGCCGCUGGUGGGGAGCGGAGAGUUGCCGUUCUAUAUACGUAGUAUUAUUGCUUAUUCUAUGGUAUGGGCGUCAGUUUCACACACACAGAUGCGCGUGUCUGUGUAAAUUGUUAGUAUGAAGUGUCCGGUGUGUGACUUUGCUGUACUUUGCUAUGUCCGUACGGUCAUCAUAGCUAGCUGUUAAUUCAAAUGCAGUGAGGAUAUGAACGACCAUCAUACAACUGUCAAACGCCAUUGUAGGCGACGGGCAGUGAUGUGGCGUUCACGAGAAUAUUCUCACUCACUUUGGAAAUGUCCCCGGCAGUAGACAAUAAUAACUCUCGACAUUUUAUCACGUUUUUGGCGGCGAGGAUGUGCUGCCGUCAACGGAUGUUGUCAUGGUACCGAACAGAGCAUAGUACCCCGCUAGCCACAAGUUGGUAGUGUGACUAGGUAUCGACGAUCCAACGGUGUUAUGUUGGAAGUUGUAUAUAUGCGUCUCGCUGUGAAAACUUCGAUAGCGCGUUUCACGACUGCUUGAAGACUGCAUUAUUGAAUGUGGCGCCAUCUGUUGCGUGUGGGCGGAACUGGGUGGCCAACUAGUUGGGUCCGCCGCACGUUAAAUAAAAUUCAAAAAUAUAUUUAUUUGUGAAAAAUAAUUUGUAAUAUUAUUUAAUGUUAUACAAAAGCUACGAGACAUUUUUAUUACACUCAAUUAUACUGGGUGUUAGUACACUAUAAUAAUAUACUAUAACUAAUACUCAGGGGAUGAUUCAACUCAUGAUUCCGAGUUGAUAUCAAGUGGAAUUUUCCUUCCCAAAAAACAUGAAAAUGUUAGUGUAUUUUCAGUUCCAUACUUUGCGAUGGAAAAUUCCACUUGAUAUUAACUCAGAACCAUGGGCGAGAAUCAUUCCCCUGAGUAGGUAUUCGUUACGAUGUAAAAAUUGGUUUGCAAUAAUAAAGAUAUUUUUGAAUUUUAUAAAGAAAAAUGUGAUGAAAUGUCUGAGUUAUUAACUUUUUGCAAUAUAUACACUACGAUCUAAAAACUUAUUUUACUCUUGUAAAAAGUAUUUAAUCAUUAUAUACGUCCCACUGCUGGGCACAGGCCUCCCCUCAAUCAACCGGAGGGGGUAUGGAGCAUACUCCACCACGCUGCUCCACUGGUUGGUGGAGUAACUCAACACGAGUCAGUUUAGAAAAAAAAAUGUAAAUUGACCCGACCGGGAAUCAAACCUACGACCUCUAAGGUCUUAUGCUAAUCUAUUUAUAAUUUUAGUUUAAUUUAUUUAUUAUCGCUUUUUAGGUUUUGUACUUUUUUAAUCGUUUAAGUAUAUUUUAUUUAAUACGCAUUAUUGUUAUGUGAUUUUAGAGGUGUAUCGGUUAGUAGACUUAAGGGUGUUGGGACCCUCGCUAUAUAUAUGUGCGUCUCAGCGACAAUAGAUGGCGUAAGUGUAGCCAUGCCAUUCGGUGAUAGAAGUUAUUAUUUUCAUCAUAGAUAAUGCGGCCCCCUCGAUCUUUGCCACAUAAAUCUUAUAAUCUAACCUAUACCAAUAUCGAUGUGAUCGAUGUUAAGUCCCGGCUGCAUGAGCAGUCGUUAAUAACCAUCAAUCCGCACUGGGCCCGCGUGGUUUACGGCCCGAUCUCCCUAUCCAUCCAUAGGGAAGGCCCGUGCCCCAGCAGUGGGGACGUUAAUGGGCUGGUGAUGACAUUAUUAUUUCACCUCUUGUGGCACAAAUAAAGUCUCAGAAAUAGUGGUAAAUGAGAAAAAUACUAAAUUUUAUUUAUUUAUUUAUGUAAUACAAACAUUAUCAUGACAGGCACUUAACCUAAUGCGACAAUGUUAGCGUACAAUCUUAUAAGAUAACAAUUGAUAAGCUACUCUUUGGAACUCAGCCAAUGUGCAUGCGAACAAAUCCAGAUUCUGUGACAUUUCAUUUAAUAUUACAAUAGCUUUUGUGAACGGGCAAAACUACUAUUAUUUACGUUUUACACUGAAUAUGCUACACGUACGCCAUCUAGGUGACGGAUAGGAACUAGGCUAAGGUCCCUACACUCUUAAAAAGAUAUUUGAAAUUCAAAUCAAUACCAUAAACACAUGACUGUAUCCCAAAACGGCUAGUUUCCAACCAGUCAAAUCAGUUACUUUUUACUAAACGUUAAAACACGAAAUUACUAUGGAAUUUGUAUGAAAAAGCACCCUGUGACGUCAUAGAAAAACGUGACAAAAUGUCGGACUUCUUGUUACAUUUUUCUUUAUUAAAAUUCAUAAAUAAUUUUUAUAGAAGAAAUAAAAUGUUGAGAUGGGCCGGCGACGACGCCCGCUCAGGUUCAUACCUUGUGCAAUGGGUGUCCAUCGCUAUCCAGCGUGGAAACGCGGCUAGUUUGGUUGCCACCUUUACGCCGGGAAUGACACGAGUGGAUUAUUUGGACAUGACGCAUGUGCAUAUAGACAUUGGCCCCGUUUCCAGCAAACACCGCCUAAUUUUAUUUUAAGUUAUAUCCGUCAUUUUCAUAUCCGUCAAAAAGGAAAGGGACGGAUGAUUCACAGAUUUUAAUUUUAGGAAGAAUGAGUAAAUGAAUGAAUAACCCGGGCGAAUCAAAAAGGUUUGACGUGCUGUCUACUUACCCGUGUCGGGUUAUUGACUGAUGUAAAAUUUUUAGACGGUUGUUUUAGAUUUGUCCUUAAAAUUGACGUGUGUUCCAUAAAUUUUAUGCUUGUCGAUUACCCGUCCUUUUCCUUUUCGGCCGAUAAGAAAAUGACAGAUAUAACUUAAAAUAAAAUUAGAUGGUGUUUACAGGAAUUAGCACCAUUAAUUCAUUAACCUCUUAAAAAUUAGCAAAAUUAGUGAGUUUCGUACUAAGCUGUAAUAUACGUUAGUGCUAAAGAGACAUAUCUUUUGUUUCUUUCGCACUGGGCGUUAUAAUAUAUCUCUGUCCUACUCUCAUUCCAAUCAUGAUGUUUUAUUGUUGAAUUAAUUUAAAAAUCAUUUUUGUAAGUUAAAUGGAAAAAAUAAAUGAUUAAGAAAAACGCAAUAAUACGUCCGACAUUUUAUCACGUUUUUCUAUGACGUCACAGUGUGCUUUUUCGUAAAAAUUCCAUAGUAAUUUCGUGUUUUGACGUUUAGUAAGAAGUAACUGAUUUGACUAGUUGGAAACUAACCUAUCAGAUGGUGUGUAUUGGAGUCUGCACCUUUGUAUCAUUUUGCAUAAUAGAUGCGACCCACUGCAGGGCAUAGGCCUCAUUGCGAGGAGGAGUCAUAGAACAGGGUUGUCGAGAAAUUAAAAAGUCGAUUAGUCCAUGGGAAAACCAGGUAAGCUCAAAAGUGACAGCUAUCAUUUCAAUGUUAGCCCAGCUGACGUCAUCCCGCCCUGCGUUGCCAUUUGUAAAAAAUAAAUUACCCACGACCAAUGUUUUUGUAUUUACUUUGCAAGGAAAUUUUGAACUAUUAGUAAAAGAUUUACUUACAGUUUUAAUGAUUUUUAUAUAUGUGACAAGUAAUAGUAAUUAAAUACAAUUCACUUAAUUUUCAAUAAUAAAAUUUACGUCCUUGGAAUGUUGGAGAUAACAAUUUAAUGGUAACACUUACGUCAUCAAUGGGCUAGCAAUGGCGGCUUGUCAUAGGAUUCAGCAUACCUGGUCUUCUUAUACCGUGGAAUUUCCUUUCUCUCAUAUUCGUUACGAAUGGCACUCGGUGAAAAUUCAAAUGCCACUUUCGUUUCAAAUUAUUUCAUAUUCACAGAUAAUAAAUACAUACCUCAAUUUGCCCUAACUUUACGGUAAACCCAAAUAUGCAUUUAGACAAAUCUUAUUUUGUAUGGAAAAAACUUAUUUUGUAUGGAAAAUACCUUGUUUUGUAUGGAAGUUUAAAUUUGUAUGGUGCAUCGAUUUUAAAUACCAUCUUUGUAAAUAUUUUUCAGAGUUCUGUGAUCACAGGAUGUUUUACUGUUUUAUUUAUUUUCUAAUAAAAGUGUAGAUAUAAAGUGAAUAAAAUAAAAUGAAGGCCUA